AUGGAGUUUAAAUCCGAAGAAAUGGAGAACUCUCUGUACGCUUGGCUGCUUACCUUGCGAUUUGAAAACAAUCCUCGAACAGGAAACCUUGGUGCGCUAAUUAAGGUCUUCCUUUCUAGAACCAAAGAGCUAAAACUUUCAGCAGAAUGUCAGAACCACAUCUUCAUUUGGCAGACACACAAUGCUUUGUUUAUUAUUUGCUGUUUGCUGAAAGUAUUCAUCUGUGAGAUGUCAGAGGAGGAAUUACAACUUCAUUUUACUUAUGAAGAAAAAUUUCCUGGCAGUUACAGUUCUGACUCAGAAGAUCUUUUGGAAGAAUUGCUCUGCUGUUUGAUGCAGUUAAUCACUGAUAUUCCACUCUUAGAUAUUACAUAUGAAAUAUCAGUAGAAGCUGUAUCCACAAUGGUUGUUUUCCUUUCCUGCCAACUCUUCCACAAAGAAGUUUUGCGACAGAGCAUCAGUCAUAAAUAUUUGAUGCGAGGUCAAUGUCUUCCAUACACCAGUAAACUUGUGAAAACCUUAUUGUAUAACUUUAUCCGACAAGAAAAGCCGCCUCCUCCAGGAGCACAUCUGUUCCCUCAGCAGUCGGAUGGAGGAGGACUGCUUUAUGGACUUGCAUCAGGAGUAGCAACUGGACUCUGGACUGUCUUCACCCUGGGUGGUGUGGGCAGCAAAGCAACCGCCACUCCAGAACUUUCUUCCCCUCUGGCCAACCAGAGUCUUCUGCUUCUGCUGGUGCUGGCCAACCUGACAGAUGCCGCAGAUGCUCCCAACCCCUACAGACAGGCCAUUAUGUCCUUCAAGAAUACACAAGAUAGCAGUCCUUUCCCCUCAUCAAUUCCACACGCCUUCCAGAUUAACUUUAACAGUUUGUACACGGCCCUCUGUGAGCAGCAAACAUCUGAUCAAGCAACCCUCCUCUUGUAUACAUUGCUCCAUCAAAACAGUAAUAUUAGGACGUACAUGUUGGCUCGCACAGAUAUGGAAAAUCUUGUUUUACCAAUUCUUGAGAUUCUGUAUCAUGUUGAAGAAAGGAAUUCGCACCAUGUGUAUAUGGCCCUUAUAAUAUUGCUGAUCCUUACAGAAGAUGAUGGCUUCAAUAGAUCCAUUCACGAAGUGAUAUUAAAAAAUAUUACUUGGUAUUCAGAACGGGUUUUAACUGAAAUUUCACUGGGAAGUCUCCUGAUACUGGUCGUAAUAAGAACCAUUCAAUACAACAUGACAAGGACAAGAGACAAGUACCUUCACACAAAUUGUUUGGCAGCUUUAGCAAAUAUGUCGGCACAGUUUCGUUCUCUCCAUCAGUAUGCUGCCCAGAGGAUCAUCAGGACAGUGUCCACCUUGCUCUAUCUCUUGCUGCCUCUCACCUCAAUGGACUUCCAGAUUUUUGGCUUUAUAAGAUACAGUUUGUUUUCCUUACUGUCUAAAAAACACAACAAAGUUCUGGAACAAGCCACACAGUCCUUGAGAGGUUCUCUGAGUUCUAAUGAUGUUCCUCUACCAGAUUAUGCACAAGACCUAAAUGUUAUCGAAGAAGUGAUUCGAAUGAUGUUGGAGAUCAUCAAUUCCUGCCUGACAAAUUCUCUUCACCACAAUCCGAACUUGGUGUAUGCACUGCUUUACAAAAGAGAUCUCUUCGAACAAUUUCGAACUCAUCCUUCAUUUCAGGAUAUAAUGCAAAAUAUCGAUCUGGUGAUCACCUUCUUCAGCUCAAAGUUGCUACAAGCUGGAGCUGAGCUGUCUGUGGAACGCGUCUUGGAAAUCAUCAAGCAAGGGGUUGUUGCACUGCCCAAAGACAGGCUAAAGAAAUUUCCAGAAUUGAAAUUCAAAUAUGUGGAAGAGGAGCAGCCUGAGGAGUUUUUCAUCCCCUAUGUCUGGUCUCUGGUCUACAACUCAGCAGUCGGCCUCUACUGGAACCCACAGGACAUCCAGCUGUUCACAAUGGAUUCCGACUGA